UUGAGCGGCUGGUGUUCGGCGUGGUGCACCUUUUUUUGCAGCCAUUCGACUCGUGACCCCAAUGGAGAUGCGGCCACAAAUGGAGGUGUUUCCACCGUUCAAAACUCUUGUCACUUCAUUAUCCCUUUGUUCGGUGGUUGCGACGGCGUUUUUCCUCGGAGGACUGAAUCAGGCAAACGUCAGGUUUUGUAUGCUGUCUCAAGCGUCCUCGCUCCAGAGCCAAUGCAUUUUGUGCAACCAGCAGAAGUACAACACCGCUCUGAAUGGCUGCUUAAAGCAGAACUCGCUGCCGGCUAAUAUCUCUCAAGAGGAAGCAUUCUGCAUUCUCGCAGCGUGCAUCGACAGUCCCCGGCAGACUCCGAUAACGCUUGGCAAAAGGAAGCGGCGUGAAGGCGGGACCCCGGCCGAAGACGAGAACGUGGUCGACGAGCAAGUCGCCCACUUGGUGAUGGAAGACUACGAGCUCGACGACGACGGGAGCUUGUGAAACUCCUGCGACAUGUUGGUGCGCCCACGCGCACGCGCGCCAUCGACCAAUACAUUCGUUUUCUAAGGGGCCAAUGGGCUCUUCAAGAGGAAUAAGAAGUCCUAGUAAAUAAGUGCUCGCACCGAAGCUGCCAUUACAAGCGGAUUCAUUCCGGGGGCAAAGAUGAGCUUAUAGACGGCAAAUAUCGGAAAAGAGAGAGAGAGAGUGAGAAAAAAAAAGGAAUUAGCAUGAACUACUUAAAAUUUUCACUACUAUAUACCCUUAAAUUCAUCAUCGCUUGCUUUUGAACGCAGAGACAACUUCUUUUGCAGGGGAACUAGAUUCAUCUUAUUAGAAAAAAAAACAAAAAAACACUGAGACAUUUUUGUUGUAGGAAAAGUGUUAGCAAUUUGGCUACUGAUGACGCGAUCAUCAAAAUCGUAAUUGAGAAAACGUCUGUAUACGAAGAUAAAUAAAUAAAAAAGCACUACAGGAAGGAAAAUAAAGUAAGGCACUUGCCUUACUUUAUUUUCCUUCCUGGCAUAGUCCUGGCAUAGUCUUAGUCCGUGCAUAGACUAAGAAGAAACAAAAAAACGCAAAACAAGAUUGAAUUUCUGGAAAUAUACGGUACCACCCUUGUAUACAAUAUAUGUCAACACGAUAUGUUAUGGUAUGAAACGAGUAUGAAACUGUAAAUAAUUUUUCGACUGGUAUUCGCUUUGAGUCGCCAUCUAUCUUCGUCAACGUGAGGUUGGCUUGUUCACCCAAAUACAUGCUUGAAUUUACAAAUGAGCAAAGGCGCUCAUAGCGCUAAUAGCUGUCCAAGUAAAUAGAGAUGGACGCGUGGGAACAUUAUCGUUCACCUUUUAUUGUAAGGCUCGAAGGUUUGCUUCUGCUUGAAAAUUUUAUAAAAACGAGGACUGCGUGCUUUUUGCACCGCCGUACAUUGCCGUUAGUUACGAAAUAGAUGCAUGGGUACAUAUAGAUUUGUUUCAAUAUUUUCACGCCUCUUGCAGCGAGCACAAAAAUGUGGAAGCGACAGAGUUUUUGAUUCUGUCAGUUCUAUUCCAGUAUGCGGGGCACUGGCUGGGACACUGCAGUGAGUCAGUAUCAGAAACACGCGCUUCUAUUAUAUCAAACAAAUGUGCGCGCGAUGGAUAUCGGACGAAGGCGUAUCGUGCACAGGACAAAUUCUAGAAUUUCGCUCGGUUCAGGCGCUCCUGCAAAGCCGUAUGACCGCCGAAGGUCUCAACUCCCUGAUCGCCGGAUCAAACUGACAACGUGAAGUCAACCUUGUGAACUCGUAGCGCAAUGCAUGCUCUCGCGAAAAAACAAAAAGAAAAAACAAGGACGUUGAGUUGCUUCACUUAUGGUGAAUAACUAAACACGGGCAAAAAUACAAAGCCAGCGGAAAUGUAUGCCACGGCGAGUUGAAGUGGUGUCAUCUAUGGCCCAGACAGUGACGCGAAAAAUGAAAAAAAGCGCAAAUAAAAUAAAUACGCAUGGGAGGAUGGUGUACAGUGGCGAAGAGGCGGGGGAGGGGCAGCUAGCGUGCGUUCCUGAUUUACACCCCCCUUCCGUGGAAGCCAUUGUCCACGCCGUAACACGUGCUAUGUGCCGGGUCGAAUCACAUAUACUCGCUCCAGUAACCACAGACACUCGCCUUCCGUUGCCGCUCCCACUUUAUUACUUCUUGAUAUCUUCCUUUCUUUCUUUCUUCAUUUCUUUCUUUCCUUCUUUCUUUCUUUCUGUCUUUCUUUCUUUCUUUCUUUCUUUCUUUCUCUUGCUUUCACUACCACAAACCAAACACACUUGUGAUGGUCGAGUGUACUACGGCAACGAUACACAGCGACUGUACACUGCACUUACAAACCAACCCGACUCUUUGCCGACUCUCAAACACGCUAUUCGUUUUCUUGUUUUCUCUCCUUCGGACAUUUUGUUCCCUUUAUUGCGGCGGGCUCGCAGAGCGCGAAACCCCUGUCCCGGUCGAGAUAAGAGACCAAUGGUUAUGUUCCCCCCGGGGUACAUUGACCCCCGUGAGAGACGGGACGCGUUGGUGGCCGUCCGGGGGAGGCUGAUUCCCGGUCUCUGGCGUGACCCCCUUGAAUGACACUAAGAGAGAAAUGCAGCCACCGAUGCUGGAAAAAAGGCGAAAGCAGCUCUUACGGGACCGACCCGCACGAGGAGGGCCGUGCGAGAGCGUUGGAACCCUCGCUCGGAACCAGCCCACAGACGGACAGGCUAGUCUCGAGAGAAGAGUGGUUGUAAUGGAUGAAGCGAAAUGGCCGUCAUAAAAGCGGCUAUGGCCGAAUCGGACACGCGGUCUGGUCGGGACGAGGAGUGUGUGAGAGCCUGCCGAAUUUUCGCCGUAAGUCGAUCCGGGAGCGGCGGAUGCCGAGAUCGGGAAUAUUUCGAAUCUUUCGCAAAUGAGGCCACGCAGUCGUGCCCAGUCGGCCAAACGACGAGUUGCGCCAUUCGGGCCACGGAAAGAAAGCGCAUAUAUGUAUAUAAGCGAGCACGAGAGUUAUGAUCGAGAAUGUCGAAGUGUCGACGUGAUUUCGUACGGGGGCGUGGAAUAGAGAUAAGCGUGAAGCGCCGAUUCGAGCUGUACGCGCUUCAGCAACACUGCGCAGUGUGAUAUCGGCUAAUGAAACGCGAUGAUGCGUGCCCACUCCAUAAUACGCGCGCCGUGUGACGACGUUUAAAAAAAAACGAUUGUUGGGAGGUUUGAAAACGCGUAUGCCACUCGUAUUCAUUCAGUUGCCUCUAUAGCACUAUGUACACGGCAAAAAUGGCCCAUAUGUGAGCCUCUGAAACUUUUCUUGCAGCACAUAUGCUGUAUUAUUGUUCAUACUUCGCGCAUUAUUCAUACUGUGACCUGGGAGUAUUACCGUAUGUUGAGCGUUUUGAUAUUGAAGAAAAAGGCAGAGGAAGCUUACAGGGUCAAGGACAACGCCGGGCACGCAAACACGCUCACGUGACCUGCGUUGCUCUUAUCUUCCUCACACAUCGGUUGGAUAUUUGUAUUAAUUUGCUGAUUUUCUCAACUUCCUUGUUUGUUGGUGCCUUUUCGCUUUAUUAUUUGUUGCAGUUUUCUCUUACCGGUGCUUUGAUAGCUGUAGCCCUUUUUUCCCUCUACUAGAUUGGUCGCUAAAUCCCAUACAUGUAAUGCCGUCGGAAAUAAAAAGAAGAUAUAUGGCAUGUCUGCA